UGAGCACACCGGAGCAAGCCGUGUCCACUCAGUUUGACGCAUUGGUCGGUCCGGCGAUGCCCCUCAUGCUGCCAAGCAAUGGAGAGAGAGCUGAAUUUUGGGACAACUUUACGGUUCGCCGACCGUCGUUGGACGGAUGAAAUUCGACGAGCACAAAGAUGCUGCAUAGCGUACACUAGAGACACCAUACCAACUACACGGCGUGGCGUACUAGAGCUGUUGAAACUACCGAGUGUUGGCAAAGAGGACUGACCAUUGGACCUUACUACUGCUCUACAGAACAAAUUACUCCCACUCUUCCCCUCAUUAAAACCAAGAAGGACUUCAACUAGGAGAUCCGAAUCAUGGCAGCUGAAAGUGAGGCGGGUGAUAUGAGGCAACGAGCUGGUUCUUUGGCUCAAAAUCUUCCACUUCUCUGGGAAACUAGCAUCAGCAAAUCCCUCUGCCUCUACCUCACUCCAAAUGGAGAGCUCCACAUCUACUUUGAUGGGAAACAUAAAAAGAAGAUGGAGUCUGAUCUCCCAGUAGAUGUGCCCCUAUGGGGAGCAGUGGACGUCUCUGGUAAAUGUGUGCAGAUCAAAUCUCAACUGCUUCUAAACAUGGAAGGAGAGGCAGCCACAACCACUACCCUACAUCAUGCUGACGAUGUUGCCCUUCCUCCAAUGGACUGCUUCAAGAACAAGGCGGUGAAAGUCGAAGUCACACCCAGCGAGAACACAGUCACUAUCGCUCCUCGUGGCCUCGGGAUCGCCCUAAAGGUUCCUCCUGAGGCAUUGCAGCAGACCGGUGCUCCUACAACUUUUGCCGUCACAACAUGCACACCUGAGUCCUUUGUCUAUCCCGACGGCUACAAAUCCCUCAGUCCAAUCUACUACAUUGCUUCCAACAAUCCUCUCAAGAAAGAACUUGAAGUUUUACUGGAGCACAAUGUGAAUAUC